GAGUACUUUGAUAAGAUCCCUAUUGAUCUUGUCGUCAAAAUCUUUUCGAAGAUGUCGUCGACCAAGUCUAUGGCAAAGUGUCGCUGCGUGUCCAAGCUCUGGAGUUCGAUAAUUCGCAGUCCAUAUUACAAGGUGUUGUUCCCGACCAAACCUCCAGAUCCACCGAGGCUCCUUUUCAUCUUGGUCGAUCAAGGAAAGUUGUUCUUCUACACGUCACCUCAGCCUAAAAAUCUAAAUCCAGACGAAGGUUCAUCAUCUCUUGUAGCCACUCUUCAUCAUAGGAUGCCCAUCAAAGAUAGGAUGAAACUGUCUGGCCCUGUCAAUGGAUUGUUCUGUCAACAACAUGUCGGAGAUGAUUCUAUAGUCUUGGUGGUUUCUAAUCCCAUCACAGGAGAGUCUAUGAUUUUGCCUAAACUGACAACUAAGAAAGUGGAUGAGGCAAAAGUCUACUUAGGGUAUGAUCCAAUCGAGAAACAGUUCAAGGUCUUGUCUAUAACAUGGGUGUGUGGUGAAAAAGAUCCUCAGCAUCAAGUUCUCACGUUAGAGAAUGGAGGUAGAGAUCUAUCGUGGAGGAACAUAGAAUGUUGCAUUAAUGGUCAAACUGAAGUUGGUAGUAAAGGGAAAUGCAACAUCAAUGGUGUUUUGUAUUAUCCAACAAGAGUGGACAAGAAGAAAAUGAUAGUUUGCUUUGAUGUUAGGUCUGAGAUAUUUGAUCUUAUCUCAUGGAGAUCAUGUAAUCUGAUAAACUACAAGGGUAAACUAGGUGCGGUUGAUAAUGAUGAUGACCACUUUGUGGUGUGGGUUUUAGUGGAACGUGAAUGGUCAAAGCAUGUCUAUGAAAAGUCUCUUCCGUGGAGGACAUUACGUGCUUCUUAUGGAAACAUUGUUGGAGUGACUGAUAGAGAUGAAGUUGUGUGCUCCCCAAAGUAUGGAGUAAAAUCUCCUUUCUACAUUUGUUACUACAAUCUGGAGAGCAACAGUGUCGUAAGAGUAAGAGUUGAAGGUCCAGGGUUUGAGUGCUUGAAAUGGAGUCUGUUAUACAUGUUUUCAAACUAUGUAGAGCAUGUGAAGCUUAUGUAA